AUGUCAAAAGAAUCAGUUUUCGCAGUAGUUUAUAGAUCAGAUGUCAAUGCACCGAUCAUGACUGGCACUGGCGUAAUUACUGAUACUGUCACAAACCAAUCCUACGACUUGAAACCCGGAAGCCUCCUUUGGACUACAAAGGGCUCACGAGCCUCGUUCACAAAGUCGAAAGGCUUUUCAACCAUUUAUGUUGAGAAGAGACACGGAGAAGACAACUUCGUUGCAGAAAACCCUUCAUCUCUAGCCACCCAUCAAGGAGCUCAGGAGACUCUAGCUGGCGAAAACACGGGCUCGGCUCCUCGCGGAGACCCGUUUGCGCUUUGCAUGGAGGGUGGACAGGGUCCUUAUCUAUACUCUGUCGACAAGAGAGAGUAUCUGGACUUUGUAUCUGAUUAUUCGGCAGCUUUCUACGGACACUCGAACCACACUAUCGGCGAAGCCGUCAAAAGGGCCCUGUCUACUGGCUUCAGCCUGAGUAGUGUCACUCACAAAGAGUGUCAUCUUGGCGAGCGUAUCAAGAGAAGAUUCCCAAGUAUGGAGAGAGUUAGGUUCUGUAAUUCCGGCACCGAAGCCAGCACCUACGCAUUAGCUACAGCUAUGGAAUUUACCGGCAGAACAAAGGACAGUGAAGAGUCUGCGGAGGGCUAUUUCCGAAGCCUUGUGAAACUAAUUUAUUCUUAUCCUAGAUACUGGUGUUUGAUAAUGGGCACCACAGCCUUCAUUCUUGGUACCUACAACCAAAUAGAGGCCAACCAGAAGCAUAUAUCAUCAGAUCUAGCAGCUAUUAUUGUCGAACCGAUGCUUUUAGCAGGCGGUCAGAUUCCCGCUACUAGGGAGAUUCUCUCCUUUCUGCGCAAAACGGCCGACGUAACUGGUGCCGUUUUGAUAUUCGAUGAGGCUAUGACAUCUCACCUACAUAUCAACGGACUUCAAGGAUUCCACAAGAUUAUGCCUGAUAUGACAACUCUUGGAAAAUACAUUGGAGGAGCCCAGAAACUGGGCCACUCUGGAACAUUUAAUAACAAUGUUCUUACUGUUUCAGCUGCCCUGGCUGCAGCUGAUCUGGUCACGGAGGACGUGAUUCAUCGCGUCAAUAAACUCGGAGACACUAUUCGAAACCGGAUCUCAGAGAUCUGUGCGGAGCAUCACUUUUCUGACCUCAAAAUUCCUGGUCUCGGAAGCACCAUAGGACUACAGUUUCUUCGUGUCGAUAGAGACCUGUUGAUGGGGCUUUUAUUCUAUCACAUGGUUCAGCAUGGGAUUUGGAUCGGCCGCAGAGGUUUUCUUUUUCUGAAUAUGUGCCACACGGAGGAUCAUGUUGAGCGUUUUCUGACAGCAUUUCAAAAGUUCAUUGAGGAGUUGAAAUAA